AUGCAAAUGUCGGAAAGUGUUUCUGACCAAUAGGCUUGAGCAGUUUUGCAGAAUGCGCCAAUCGAUUUCCGGUUGGACUGCAAUGCGGGAAUUUUUGAGAAGCAUCGAGUAUAGCUUGGAAUUAACAACAAAGUCAACGAGAUGCCCCCUAAAGCCAAGGCAGCAGGGAAGGGCAGAGGACCAGAAAAGAGAAAGCUUGCUGAAGAGUUCCCCCCUGGAGAAGUACUUACAGAUACUGGCAAGAAGUCCUGGAAACUGGGAGCCCCCAUUGGACAGGGCGGCUUCGGACUGCUCUAUCUGGCCGAUAAGAAUUCAUCUAAAACGGUUGGUGCUGGUGCCCCAUAUGUCAUCAAAGUGGAGCCCAGUGACAACGGACCACUGUUCUCAGAGCUCAAGUUCUACAUGCGAGCUGCCAAGCCGGAUCAAAUUCAGAGUUGGAUGAAGUCUCACAAGACAAAGUAUUUGGGAGUGCCAAAGUACUGGGGGUCUGGACUGCAUGAGAAAGGAGGGAACAGGUACAGGUUCAUGGUGAUGGACCGGUUUGGGACAGACCUGCAGAAGAAGUUUGAGGAGAGUGGGAGGAGGUUCCCCCGAAAACUGGUCCUGCAGCUUGGACUGAGACUUCUUGACAUUCUGGAGUACAUCCAUGAGCAUGAGUAUGUCCACGCUGACAUCAAAGCAUCCAACCUCCUCCUCAGCCACAACAACCCCAAUCAGGUUUAUUUAGUAGAUUAUGGGCUGGCCUAUAGGUACUCUCCUGAAGGCAUACUGAAGGAGUACAAGGAGGACCCUAAGAGGUGCCACGACGGGACCAUCGAGUUCACCAGCAUCGACGCACACAAAGGAGUCUCACCUUGUAGAAGGAGUGAUCUGGAGAUCCUGGGGUACUGUAUGAUCCAGUGGCUCUGUAGUAAAUUGCCCUGGGAAGACAAGCUGAAAGACUCCCUCUACGUCAGAGACUCAAAACUACGAUGCAGAGAUAACAUCACAGACUUCAUGUCUCAAUGUUUCUCCUCACAAGACAAGCCAGACGAACUUCAGAAGUUUAUGGAGGAGGUGAAGACUCUAAGCUACACAGACAAGCCGGCCUAUCAGAAGCUCCGGUCCAUUCUGGAGGCGGGGCUUAAGUCGAUCGGCGCCAAAGAUGACGACAAGCUGGAGUUCUCCUCAUCGGUCAACGGAGUCGGGCCAUUGUCCUCUGUCGAGAAGACUCCCAAAAGAAAGAGAGUGGUAGAUUAUAAAGGAGAGGCUAAUGACGAGACCGACGGCACUCCCGCCAAGAAAAGAAAAGCUGAAAAGAAAGAGGUGAAUGGAGUGAAAAGGGUAGUCAUCCCCAAGAAGAAAGCGACCCUUAAAAAGAAUGCUGCUAGCCCGAAGAAGAAGGCUGCUAGCCCCAAGAAGAUACUGGUGGAGAUGGCUACACAGACCACUCCUGGCCUGAAGAGAGGCAGAGGUAGACCCAAGAAAAAGGCAGACCCAUUAGAAUCAGAAUGAGUUGAGUUGUACUUCUCAUUCUAUGUUCCUGCCACCCUUUAAUUUGAACUACUUUGCAGAUAUGAAACAAACAAUCAUAAUAUCAGACAAAAAAAAGUCAAAUUCCCAGUUUACGCUACAAAAUAAACUUUAUCGGUUUUAAAAUAGCUUCUAUUUGAUGAAACAGUCCAUGAUGUAGACUAAGGCAUUGUUGGCAGAAUAGAUGGAUGCAGUUCAAUGCAUGAUUCAGGCAGGGUAGCCUAGUGGUUAGAGCGUUGGACUAGUAACCGGAAGGUUGCAAGUUCAAACCCCCGAGCUGACAAGG